AUGCAACCGAGCGAGCAUGACUGGUGGCGGGACUGCUUCACACGUGGCAAUUCCGGCCUAUUCCUCCGAGUCGUGUUUAUUAUCGCCCUGCUUCUCUUCGCCUCCAGCCGGGUAGCAAACGCCAGCAACCUCAAAGAAUCUUCCAAUGAGGAACCCAAGAAAUCAGCUUAUAUUACCAGUCCCAAGCUUAGUCCGAGUCACCGCAGUUCUGAAGAAGCGGUGCCGUUUGUCGAUUCUAAAGACACGCGCGGAAUAACCGCUGAUCCUGCCUCAGACGGACCUGUCGGCACCAUUGUUCCCUCGCAAUCGACACUUCUUCCGAGACCAUCCUCCUCGUCGAAUGUUCUAAUCACGCUAUUAGACGGCUCGAUAAGAGCCGUAGACUCGCGAACCGGCGAGGUGAAAUGGACCUUCGCGUCCGGCCAGCCGCUCGUCUCCGCCGCCGGUCCAGCGCAGGGAGCAGGAGCGGAACGGGGACUGGCGGAAGGGGGGCUGGCGGAAGGUGCAGGGAGGAGGGGAGCGGAAGAGAGUGCGCAAGCGGGAAAGGCUAGGCAUGCGACGGCGGAACGAUGGGGCAGGGGAGAUGAGGUGGACUGGGACUAUGAGGAGGAUGAGGAUGAGGAGGAGGGAGAGGAGGAGUGGGGAUGGGGGGGAGUGAGGAGCGGAAGGGAGAAUGGUGCGCAUGGCGGUGGGGGUGGCGGGAGUCUCGGGAGUGGGAAGAGUAGCGGGAAGGGGGAGGUGGGAAAGGGGAGGGGGAGAGGAGGGGGCAAGGAGAUGGUUAUUCCGGGGGUGAAUGGGCGCCUGUACUCUUACAGGGAAGGUCUUGGCUUGCAGGAGCUGCCCGUAACAGCCAAAGAGCUCGUCUCCGCCUCGCCUUCAGUCACCCGCAACGGCGCCACCGUGAUCGUUGGAUCGCAGAAAUCAACGGCCUUCCUGCUCGACCCAGUCACAGGCGCUGUGCUGCGCUCCUUCGACCCGCUCGCUCCUCAGGGCGGCGGUGGCUUGUCCUUUUCUGCGACUAGUAAUGAUGGGGACGAGCAGGCGGACGGCCCACUGGCGGAGUGCCUGAAAAUGGCAGAAGAAGAGGGCGGUGGAGGCAUGGGCGUUGAUGGCGUUGGGUUCCUGGAAGGUUCUAGGAGCAGUGAGAGGGAGGUAGCAGGUGUAUCGCAGCAACACCAGCAGCAGCAGAAGGAGGAGGAGUGUGAUCGCCUGCUUGCCUCGUCCCUUCUGGUGCUCCGAACCGACUAUGUGGUUCGGGCGGUGGAGCUCAGGUCCGGCAAGCAGCGGUGGAAUGUCAGCUUCGGCGAGCUGAGCCCCGUGAAUGGAGCUCUGCUGGGGCUAGCGGGAGGCGUGGGGGGCGGAGCACCAAUCGGGGGAGUUUUGGGGGGAGCGCUGGGGGCAGGAAGGGGAGGCGGAAGGGGAAAAUCAGGGAUGGAUCUUACAGGUAGAGGCGUGUUUGAUGGUCAUGGGAAUGAGGUGCCUAAACGACAGCUCUUGCCAUCCAGCGUUCCUGGAGAAGAUACGGACCCAGAAAUCGAUCUGGGUAUUGGAGCGGGGGGACAAGGGCAGGGGGGUAGAGACGAGAUUGGAGGUUCAGGGUUGGCAGGAUUCAACACAGGGUUGACCGCUGCAGCUACCACGAGUAUAGACCCAUCUGAAGAGGGUAAUUCUGACAUUUACUCAAUCCAGCUGACCAACUCGCAUAAUGGUCAGCAGGCAUGGCAGACGACUUUUUCGUCUGCCCCGCUCGCAGCGUUCACGCCGUCGGGCAGGCUGGUGCAGGAAUUCGUGUCGCGCGAUUCGUCCAAGGACACGGGGCCCGGGCAGGUGCUGUAUGUGGGGCGAGUGGCGGGCAGUCCAUUCGCCCUCGUCACUCCCAGCACCACUGACGCACCGAACGCCGCUCUCCCCCUCCUCCCGGCCUCACCUCACUCCCCCUCGCCCUCCGAUGGCCUGCCUGUGGGCAUGUCUGCAGGCAUGUCGGGUGGUGGGGGAAUGGGGGGUGGUGGCGCGGUGGCGGGUAGGACAGGCAAGUUCACAGUCACAGAGCCGCCCAGGAUUGCAGGGACGCGAGGAGCAGGAGGUGCUGCUGGGGAAGCUGGUGAUGGGACUGGCGGUGGUGGUAGGGGCAGGGGUAGAAAUAGGGGCAGGUUAGGCACUGGUGGUGCUGGUGGUGGUGGCAGCGGUGGGGGUGGCAGUGGGGAUGACUCGCUGUACCCCAUAGUGGUGAGGGCGCCGGGGGCAACGGCUGCUCUGUAUGACGCCAUGGGGUGCGCUGACAGCCCUGCUGUGCACGGGGGCGCUGACUCGCCGGGCGCUGAGUAUGGAGCGCAGGGCCCCUGGAACGACCACCAGGGACAGCAACAGCAGGGAUACAGUAAGCACCAACAGCAGCAGCUGCAGCAGCAGCAGCAGCAGCAGCAGCAGCAGCAGCAGCACUACAGCAUGGAGCAGCAGAGAGCGCCAAGUCCAGUGGCAGCAGGCAGCGAGAGGAGCAGCAGCGCGGAUGGGGAGGACCCACUGGGAUGGACCGGCAUGAUCAGCCUGUGGGGGCGCGGCACUGGCGCCGGUGACACUAUUGGAGUUGCUAGUAACGCGGACAUGGAGUUUGGUGGAGGUAGAGGGGAGAAGAACCGCCGUCUGGGGCCCCCGAAGGACAUGGAGCCUGCGGUCGGGCCCCAGGCUCCGCCUACCCCGCCGAACCUCAUGACCUCGUUUGGGAUCCUCGCUGCCGCAGCUGCCACCCUGGCCGGGAUAGUCGCUGGCGCUUCGGUAUUCUCUUACUCCUCCUCUGCCCCAUCCUCCUCCUCUGCUGCGGCUGCGGCUGCAUCUGGCCAUGGCACCCCUGUAAGGAAUCAGAGGCUGAAGUCGCAGCUUAGGCAGGCCUCCUCCUCUCACCCUCCCAGGCAUGCUUCACACAUGAAUGGUGCGCCCAGUGCCAGGGUGGCGUAUAGAGGAGGGGCUACUAAUGAGGAUGGGCUGUCGUGGGUGGCACGAGGGUUGGUUGCGCUGCUGCCAGCUUCCUGGCAAGAGUGGGCGGCUGAGCGGUUAGGUGGGGACGGCAGUGGCAAUGGCAGCAGCAGCAGGAAACGAGGCAAGCAGGGAGCCGGUAGGAGGAACAAGAGUUCAGAAGGAGCAGCAGGCAGUGAAGCAGCAGCAGGGGGAGCGGAAGGAGUGCUGCUGGGCAAGCAGCAGGACGACCCGGCCAAUGGGAUCGCGCCACCUGGACAGGACGACCCAGGGGAAGCAGGAAAGGAGGACUCGGGGCAGGGCGAAUCUGGGGGGGGGAGGCUGAGCAGGCUUCUGGGAAGUGUGGGCAAGCUGGGCAGUGGAAGCAGGCAGAACAGCGCAGGCAAGGUGAUCUCCCGGCGAGGCAGCCGCGAUAAUGAAGGGCCAGGGGAAGGCGCGGGUGGGGGCGGGGCUGACAACGGCGCAGCAGGCGAGGGGGAGAGCGAGGAGGAACGGGAGGAGCGGGAGGAGGGGCGGUGGGUGGGGCGGCUGUUUGUAUCCCGGCGGGUGAUCGGGCACGGGAGCCAUGGGACGCUGGUGCUGGAGGGGCGGCUGGAGGGGCGGCAGGUGGCGGUGAAGCGGCUCCUGUCUCAGUUCUACGAGCGCGCGAGGCAGGAGAUUGCCGCGCUGAUUGCCACGGACGAGCACCCGAAUGUGGUGCGGUGCUUUGCCAUGGAGGAGGAUGAGUCGUUUGUGUAUGUCGCGCUGGAGCGCUGCGCCUUCAACCUCACUGAUCUCGUGCUUGCAUGCCGGGCUAGCCUCGCUGCCGCUAUGGCACCACCAGCACCGGCUGCUGCUGCUGCUGCUGCUGGUGCUGCUGCUGCUGCUGCUGCUUCCGGUGCUGCUUCUGCUGCUGACGGUGCCGCUGGUGGCGCUGCUGCUGGUGAUGCUGCAGGGCCUUUCUCUGCUUCGCCCGCCUCCACCUCGUCCUCCUCCCACAAGCCUCCCACCAGCCCCUUCCAAACCUCCUCCUCCACCACUACCUUCUCCUCCUCCGCCUUCUCCUCUCACUCCUCCUCCUCCUCCUCGCUCCCUCUCUCUGACCCGCCUCUCCACCUCAAAACCCCCUCGCUCUCGCUCCGCCUCUCCCCAUCCUCUUCUGCCGAACGAGAAAUCAUAGCAGCAGCACUGGAGCGGGUACAGGCCUAUUGCACCUCGCAGGGCGUGGGGGUGCAGGGGCUGUGCCUGUGGGACGACAAGGGCCAGCCGACACAACAGCUGGUGGGGUUGUUAAGGGACGUGGCUAGUGGGCUUGCGUAUUUGCAUGACCAGAGGAUUGUGCACCGGGACUUAAAGCCCCACAAUGUGCUCAUCUCGCUGCUGCUGCCCAGCCGGCACCGGCAGCGCGGGCAGUCACAGGCUAGGGCGAGUGCAGGAGUGGUUAAUGGGGACAUGGGGAUAAGCAAGAGGCUCGGCGACGGAGCAAGUUCCUUCGACACAAUGACAGCAGGCUCGGGCAGCAGCGGGUGGCAAGCGCCGGAGCAGCUAGAGGACGGGUCGCGGCUGACGAAAUCAGUGGACAUGUUUUCGUUUGGGUGCCUGGUGUUCUUCUGUGUGAGCGGCGGCAGCCACCCGUUCGGAGAGUGGUUUGAGCGCGAUGCGAACGUGCUGGCAGGGAGGGCGGACCUGUUCCCCAUCGACCAUGUGCCUGAGGCACUGGAUCUCGUGGCUGCUCUGCUGGACAGGGAUCCUGAGAAAAGGCCGCCAGCGCACGAGGUGCAGAGGCACCCGCUCUUCUGGCCGGCAGAGCAGCGGCUGGCCUUCCUGCGCGAUGCCAGUGACCGCGUGGAGGGGGAGGACCCGCACGAGGUGCAGAGGCACCCGUUCUUCUGGCCAGCAGAGCAGCGGCUGGCGUUCCUACGAGACGCCAGCGACCGCGUGGAGGGGGAAGACCGAGAGCUGCACUCGCCACUCCUCAACGCCCUAGAGGCAGUGGCGCCCAGGGCCAUAGCUCGCAAGGGGGGGAUUAGUAAAGCGCCUGGGGAGAAGGGUGGCGGGUGGAAUGAGCGUGUGGAUGGGGCGCUGCUGGGGAAUCUGGGGAAGUAUAGGCGGUAUAACUUCCACAGUGUGAGGGACCUGCUAAGGGUGAUUCGGAACAAGUGCAAUCAUUACCGGGAACUGCCGCCCGAGCUGCAGCGUGACCACGCCUCGACGUCUCUCCCUGUUGUUCGGCGGGCGUCUCGAUCGCGCGUGGUCAUGGCGUCAGCGUCAGCGGCGGAUGGGGGGUCAACGGCCGCAGCGGGCAGCGACGAGCUGGCGGAGUUCUUGUCGCGCGACAACCGUCGCAUGCUGCACGUCGUCUACCGCGUUGGGAACCUGGACGCCGCUAUCAAGUUCUACACGGAGUGUCUGGGAAUGAAGCUGCUGAGGCAGCGCGACAUUCCCGAGGAGAAGUACUCCAACGCCUUCCUCGGCUACGGGCCCGAGACCUCCACGUUUGUCGUGGAGCUCACCUAUAACCACGGGGUGGACUCGUAUGACAUUGGAGCGGGCUUUGGGCACUUCGGCAUCUCUGUUGAUGAUGUGUACAAGACGGUGGAGGUGGUGAAGUCGCGGGGCGGCAAGGUGACUCGCGAGGCUGGCCCUGUGAAGGGCGGACAGAGCGUCAUCGCUUUCGUUGAGGACCCGUCUGGGUACAAGUGGGAGAUUAUUCAGCGGCCACCUACUCCCGAGCCACUGUGUCAGGUCAUGCUGCGAGUGGGGGACCUGGACAGGGCAAUUAAGUUUUAUGAAAAGGUGCAUACACCCACCUGCGCCUCCCAUGCCAUCCCUCCCAUCGCAUCCCUCCCAUCGCAUCCCUCCCAUCGCAUCCCUCCCAUCGCAUCCCUCCCAUCGCAUCCCUCCCAUCGCAUCCCUCCCAUCGCAUCCCUCCCAUCGCAUCCCUCCCAUCGCAUCCCUCCCAUCGCAUCCCUCCCAUCGCAUCCCUCCCAUCGCAUCCCUCCCAUCGCAUCCCUCCCAUCGCAUCCCUCCCAUCGCAUCCCUCCCAUCGCAUCCCUCCCAUCGCAUCCCUCCCAUCGCAUCCCUCCCAUCGCAUCCCUCCCAUCGCAUCCCUCCCAUCGCAUCCCUCCCAUCGCAUCCCUCCCAUCGCAUCCCUCCCAUCGCAUCCCUCCCAUCGCAUCCCUCCGUCCCAUGCAUGCUGCAUAUGGCAUGAAGCUGCUGAGGACAAGGGACAACCCACAGUACAAGUACACGAUAGCCAUGGUGGGGUAUGGGCCCGAGGCAGAGAGUGCAGUGGUGGAGCUCACAUACAACUACGGCGUUGAGUCCUAUGAAAAGGGCAAUGCCUAUGCACAGAUUGCGAUUGGAACAGACGAUGUGUAUAAGACAGCAGAGGCCAUUCGGGCGGCGGGCGGCACCAUCACUCGCGAGCCGGGCCCGAUCCCUGGCAUUAACACCAAAAUCGUGGCUUGCCUUGACCCCGAUGGGUACAAAACGGUGUUUGUCGACAACCAGGACUUCCUUCGUGAGCUGGAGUGA